AUGUCUUCUAAUCAAAUCAAUGAGCAUUCGAGAAAAGUUAAAAAAAGAAAAUGUGGAUUUUAUAAGAUAUGUUUUGCAGCAGCAGCAAUUGCUUUUGACUAUCAUAUGAAGUACUUGAUGAAACAAGGUAAUAGAUUUCUUUAUUCUCAUGGAUGGACUUGGGUUCGAGAAACUCUUAACACUCCAGGUGAAAGUUAUAACAUGUUUAGGAUGGAAACUCAUGCCAUAUUGAAACUUGAAAAAUUAUUGGUGAGUAAAGGAUGGUUACAUCCAUCUAAAGAAAUGACAUCAUUAGAAGCACUUACUAUGUUUCUUUGGACUUGUGCGCAUAGUGAGACUAAUCGAAAUGUUCAAAAUAAAUUUGGAAAAUCAGGAGAGACUAUAAGUAGAAAGUUUGGGGAAGUCUUGGAAAGUUUAUGUUUAUUAGCAAAGGAAAUCGUAAGGCCUCCAGAUGUUAACUUUGCAGAAAUUCCAUCCAAAAUAAAAAACGAUCGCAGGUAUUGGCCUCAUUUUAAAGGAUGCAUUGGUGCAAUAGACGGAACUCAUAUUCCCGCCAUUGUUCCUACUAAAGAUCAAAUUCGUUAUAUUGGUAGAAAAGGAUAUCCAACACAAAAUGUCAUGUUAGUGUGCAACCUAGACAUGUUAUUUACUUUUGUUGUUGUUGGUUGGCCUGGUACUGCACAUGACACUCAUAUCCUUUCAUCAGUGAUUGAAGAAAUGAAAAGUGUGUUCCCUCAUCCUCCUGAAGGAAAGUACUAUCUGGUUGAUGCUGGAUAUCCAAACAUGAAAGGGUAUCUAUCACCAUACAAGGGUGAAAGGUAUCACAUUCCUGAUUUUAGAGUUGGCAGUCAAGCAGAAGGAAUGCAUGAAGUAUUCAAUCAUGUACAUUCUUCGUUGAGAAAUGUCAUUGAAAGAACAAUUGGAGUUUGGAAGAAAAGAUGGCAUAUCUUAUGUGAUAUGAGACCAUUUUCACUAAUCAAACAACAGAAGAUUAUAGUUGCAACAACAGCACUCCAUAACUUUAUUCGAAUAUGUGGUGUUGAAGAUGAAGAAUUUAACAAAUGUGAUGAUGCAUCUGGAUAUAUUAUCGAGCCCGAAGAAGAAAGAAAUAUAAAUGAAGAAAUGAGUUUAUAUAAUCCAAGAAGAGUACAAGAUAGAGGCUACAUGAAUAGAGUUAGAAAUCAAAUAGGCGCUGCAUUGAUGGAAAGUAGAAAUAUUUGA